CCGGGCCGGGCCGGGCCGGCGGGCGGUGCUGGGGCGGAGGCGGCGGCGGCGGGGCCGGGGGCGGCCGGGGCAGAGCGGCGGGGCCCGGGCAGCCCGGGGCAGCGGCCGCCGCCAUGAAGAAGCAGUUCAACCGCAUGAAGCAGCUGGCCAACCAGACCGUGGGCAGGGCUGAGAGGACAGAGGUGCUCAGUGAAGACCUGUUGCAGAUCGAGAGGAGGCUGGACACGGUGAGGUCCGUGUGCCACCUGGCCCAGAAGAGGCUGAUAGGCUGUCUGCAGGGCCAGCAUGGCACUGACCCUGACAAGAGACACAAAAAACUUCCUCUAACAGCUCUGGCUCAGAAUAUGCAAGAAGGAUCCAUCCAGCUGAGUGAUGAAACUCUGCUGGGGAAAAUGCUGGAUACCUGUGGGGAUGCAGAGAAUAAACUGGCAAUGGAGCUCUCCCAGCAUGAAGUGCAGAUUGAGAGAGAAGUUAUAGACCCACUGUGCCUGCUGACAGAGACAGAGAUCCCAAACAUUCAGAAGCAGAGGAAGCAGCUGGCAAAGCUGGUGCUGGACUGGGAUUCUGCAAGGGGAAGAUAUAACCAAGCCCACAAGACUUCAGGAACAAAUUUCCAAGUGCAUCCUUCGAAAAUAGAAUCUCUUAAAGAAGAAAUGGAUGAAGCUGGAAAUAAAGUAGAGCAGUGCAAGGACCAGCUGGCUGCAGACAUGUACAGCUUCGUGUCCAAGGAGGGCGAGUACGCUCGCUGCUUUGUCACGUUAUUAGAAGCACAAGCAGAUUACCAUAGAAAAGCAUUAGCAGUCAUAGAAAAGGUCCUACCCGAAAUUCAAGCCCAUCAAGACAAAUGGACUGAAAAACCAGCUUUUGGAACUCCCCUGGAGGAGCAUCUGAAGCGCAGCGGGCGGGAAAUCGCGGUUCCGAUCGAAGCCUGUGUCAUGAUGCUCCUGGAAACAGGGAUGAGAGAGGAGGGCUUGUUCAGAAUUGCUGCUGGAGCCUCCAAGUUAAAAAAGCUGAAAGCUGCCCUGGACUGUUCCACUUCCCAGCUUGAUGAGUUUUACUCAGAUCCCCAUGCUGUUGCAGGUGCCUUGAAAUCCUAUUUAAGGGAGCUGCCAGAGCCUCUCAUGACCUACAGCCUGUAUGAGGAGUGGACACAAGCUGCAAAUAUUCAGGACCAGGAUAAGAAGCUCCAAGAGUUGUGGAGGAUUUGUAACAGAUUACCUGAGCAUUACCGAGUUAACUUCAGGUAUUUAAUCAAAUUUUUAGCCAAGCUUGCCCAGAACAGUGAUGUUAACAAAAUGACACCAAGCAACAUCGCCAUAGUCUUGGGCCCCAACUUGUUGUGGGCAAAGAAUGAAGGAUCCCUUGCUGAAAUGGCAGCAGCCACUUCAGUGCAUGUGGUAGCAGUUAUUGAGCCCAUUAUUCAGCAUGCAGACUGGUUCUUCCCUGGAGAUGAAGAUUUCAAUGUGUCUGGGGCAUUUGUGGCUGUUCCUGCUGUUAAUUCCAAUCACUUGUCACACACUGGGAAUGACUUUGAAUGUGGCACCCUGGAGAGGAAGAGGCCUCUGAGCAUGACUGUGAUGGAAGGGGAUUUGCUGAAGAAGGAGAGCUUUGGUGUGAAGGUGCUGGACUUCCCCUCGACCCCGCGGCGGUGUGGCACUGUAAACAGAAAGCUCACAUCCCCCGCCUUCCAGCCGCCGCUGCCGCCCUGCGAGCCCCCGGGCGGGGCGGAGCAGCCCUGCCCGCCUGCGGGGGCUGAGCCCGGCCCCGGGGCCGGCCCUGCUCCCUCUGCUGCCCCCCCAGAGCAGCCCCAGGCUCCAGGCACUGAGGAUGCCAGUACCUCGAAAUCCAAGGACAGCACAUCUGCAGCCACUCCUCCUCCGGUGAGGAACGGCCAGGCCAGCCCUGCCUCAGCCCCCAGCACCUCCCAGCUCUCUGUCACCCAGCCCCAGAACGCUGCUGGCCCCAGUCCCCACGCCCUGAGGAGAGCUGUGAAGAAGCCAGCACCAGCCCCCCCUAAACCAGCCAACCCCCCCCCGGGGCAGCCAGGAAGCCAAAGCUCUUCCCCAGCUGCUCAGCCACCUUCUGUCUCUCCAAAACCCCCAGCCAGAAGUUCUUCUCCUCCUGCUCAGCACGCAAACCAAGGAGCAGCCCAGACCUCCUCCCCUUCGCAGGUUUCCGCACCUCGGAGAUAUUCCAGCAGCCUGUCCCCAAUCCAAGCUCCCAGCCACCCACCCCCCCAGCCCCCAGCACAGGCAACUCCUCCCCUGCAGCCCAAAGGCAGCAGCCAAGCAUCUCCCGGCGAGCAGGGAGCCGAGCAGCCCUGCCCCCUGUCCCUGUCCCAGGCGCAGACCCCCACUCCCCCCGACACGCCCCCGCUGGGGAAGCACGCGGGUGCCGCCCCGGCCGUGCCCCCCGAGCCCUGCCCGGCGCCCGGCCUGGCUCAGAGCGGCACCCUGCCCCGGCCCCGGCCCGUGCCCAAGCCCAGGAACCGGCCCAGCGUGCCGCCCCCGCCCCACCCUCCAGCUGCUGCCGACGGCGCUGCAAACCCCGCGCCUACAGCCUCCAAAAUCGUCACAGGAAGUGCCCAGGAAUUCCCGGGUGAAUGAGUGAACGGCUGCUAAACUCGCUGUUCCCUUUUUGUGCAGACUCUAAUUCCAGUAUUCCAGAACCACUUGCAAACCCUCCUCCAGAGCUUCCUGCAGAGGCAGCGGGCAGAGAGCUGCACAACCACGUCCUGCUGGACAUCGACACCGACACGGAGAGCACGGCGCUGUGAGCGGCUCCCCGCCUCCUCUCCUGGGGGAAAACCUCAGACCUGACAGGGAACAGCUUCUUCUGGCAACCUGGCACAGCUGGCCACAGCUGGGACUGGAGCCUCCUGGGGACACUCAUCUCCAGCAGGGCUGAGCUUGGAGAAGACCUCUCCCAAAAUCGAGCCCAACCUUUGGCCGAGCCCCGGGUUUCGCCCUCCGAAGAAGUUUAAUGAUCUGGGUCUGGACAACGGUUUUCAAGCUCUUGGAUGGAAGGAAGGAAGGAAGGAAGGAAGGAAUUUCUGCAGGAACUCGCCUAGGAAGCGUGGUCAGUGCUGAUACAGGUGGUAUUAGCAGAAAUUCCAACAGAAUAAGAAGCAGAACAUUAGUUAUUUAAAGUGCAUGUCUGUAUUAGGGAAAUAAUCCUUCUCUCAGCACGGUUAGAGGUUCUUUGUAGUUCUUAGCCCUACCAGGAGCUGCCUCCCAAGGGCCAUUCCCUCUCGGAUUUGCUGCAGAUUCCCCUGAAGCCAUGAACCAAACCCCUGCCCCAGUGCUGGUGGUGACUGCUGGUUCUCAGUCACCCUUUGGAACUGUGGAUGCAUCCAGUGCCUUGAAGGACUGUCAUGCUGUAGGAGGAACUUCUGUCUCUUUAAUCAUUUCAUUGCUACUUAGGAUCAGUACUUACCCUGAUUUCAUAGUUAUUUGUAUUAACCUGCUUUGUUCAUGUGCAACUGGCAACUGUUUCACGAGGAAACCGUGGAAAUGGGGUUUGUGCUUUUGUUGAAAAUGGUUGAAUUUUGAAAGAACUUUGAAACAGCUGUUUGGAUUCAGCAGUUGAGUGAACAUUUAUAAAAUUAAAGAUUGUUUUUUGUCAACUUAA